AUAUAAACUAACCAAAGAAAGUGAAUUAUUACCUGCACCGACUGUUGCUAAAACAUCUCAUGAGUUUUUACGCAAUUUUAUAAUAAGUCACACAAGCCACUUGGAUUUAAAUGAAGUUAGCACAUAUUUAUCUGAGUUUGAAACUAAAGCAGAAUCACUCUUGUGGUGGAGAGCAAAUGAUAUACAAUAUCCAACACUAGCCCGAGUUGCAAUGGACUAUCUCGCAGUACAGGCAACUAGUGUGCCUA